CUUCAGGCAUGCAACAAUGUAUCUCGAUAGUGACAAGAUGGCGGCCGGAGUAGCUCGGUCUGGCCUUCUUGAGGUGUAUAUUCGCCAACAAUGGUGCCGUGUUUACUGCAUGCUAAACGAGGAUUCGCUUGUGCUGAGUUUAGAUGAGAACCCAGACGCUAAUGGUGUUCCUGGGGAGGCCCAGCGCCGCGAUCAUGAGAAUCACAGCGAGCAAACCUUCUACCCAGAUUCUGGUGAGCUGCCCGAUUCCAUUGCUGGUCAGAGACGUCACGUCAGAGUGGCCAAGGAAGAGACGAAUGGUCUUGGCAUCAGCAUCAAGGGGGGAAGGGAAAAUAAGAUGCCCAUCCUGAUAAGCAAAAUAUUCAAGGGCAUGGCUGCAGAUAAUACAGAGAAACUUUAUGUCGGCGACGCCAUUCUGCAAGUCAACGGAGAAGACCUUCGAGAGGCAACACACGACGAGGCUGUCCGCGCCCUGAAGAGGGCGGGCAAGGUUGUUGAUUUAGAAGUGAAAUACCUCAGAGAAGUUACGCCGUAUUUCAGAAAGACUUCUGCCUUGAAUGACCUUGGAUGGGGGUCACAGAAAGAAUCCCCGAAAGAUCCGACUGGAAGUGGCAAUAGUAAAACUAACUGGUCAGAAAAGAAAACAAUACCUUUAAAACUGUGUUAUCUGUGCCGGAAUCUUAGUGUGCCAGAUCCAGAAAAUCGGACAAUUGAACUUCAUUCUCCAGAUGGCAAGAGUUCUUGUAUUCUUCGCUGUCCUGAUGCUGGAAUCUGCAAUUCUUGGUUUGCUGCGCUGCAUUCAAAUGUGUCGCUACUGAUGCAGCAAGCGAUAGUGGAGGCUAAUCGGAUGCUGAGUGCGGGCCCACGGCAUCAGGAGAUAACACAUAUGUCGUGGCUCGCGGAGCAGAUUCACAGCGAGCAAGGCAAUCCAAGUUGGAAGCCAGUGUUUUGUGCUGUCUCUGACAAGGAUAUGAUGUUGUUUGAGAGCGCCCCGUGGACAAAGGAAGAGUGGGUGAAACCAUUUCAAACACAUCCCAUCAUCGCAACAAGGUACACCCUGGAUUCUCUUCCCAAGGCCCCCCCUUAUCAUAUAACAGAAGGAUUAGUGCAUUCAGGCAAGCAUACCACCACAUCACUCUCUGGAUCAGAACUGCUAACAUUCGGCACGAGGACGGGUUCCAAACAAGGCAUUGAGGCACAUAUCUUUAGAGUGGAGGCACAGCGAGAUUUGUCCAACUGGUGUCGGGUUCUAGUCCAAGGAGCACACGCUUCGGCUAUCUUAGCUAAGGAAAUAUCAUGCCCGGUUACAUGGCAGGGCCAGGAAGCAAGAUUCACCCUCCACUAUGACAAUGGGUUCACCCUCUCUGAUCCUAGGACCGAGGAUGGAAGAAAACUUCAGAUUCUAUGGCAUUUUCCAUAUGAAAAGUUACGGAUGUCAGCCGAUGAUGGACAACGCCUUCUGUGGUUAGAUUUUGGAGAGGAAGGUGAACAGGAACUUGAUCUUCAUGGAUGCCCCAAGCCAAUUGUGUUCAUCUUGCACACGUUUCUGUCGGCCAAACUUCACCGACUGGGACUCCUGGCUUAGUGUCAUGAUGGUUCCCAUGGAAAUGGAUGCUGGUCACAGGCAAAGAGAGGAUGACUUAUAUCACAGGAAAGCAAAUGUGACUGUUUUAAAAUCAUGUGGACGAUAAACGAAAGAUGCAUUCAUUACGGAGGUGUUUGACUUACCUUGGAAUGUAAAAUGGGUCAUUUCAUGAUAUUGUCACUGGCAAGUUGGCCUUUCUCUGCAGGUUGGAACGAAGCAGGGCAUAGUGCAAUAAAACCACUUGAAUUUCUGGUCAGUCGUGAGCGGAAUAAUUGAAAGGGUACAUGAAAGAAAGCGGUGAGCAACAAUGUUAGUGUAAGCAUUUCAAGAAAACCAGACUUCUGUUUUCCUUUACCGGGUCAUUGCUUGGGUUGGUAUUCACCUCUUAUGGGGUGACCAGCUCCUGUUGCACAGAGAAGCAAUUUUUGUGGCAUCUGAUAAAUAUCAAGAUGAAUAUCAAACGUUACUGCGAUGAAAAUCGCUGGUCAGUGAUGAGCUUAAGAAUACGAGAGUUUUGUGUUCUUCAAUUUAUUCUUUAUGAUUUUGAUAUCAUACCAUAUCAGUUCUCGAGUUCAUUAAUUAGCAUAUCAAGUUUUAUAGAAUUGAUUGUUUUUAGUCCCAACUUUUAGUUCAUGAUAUGAUGUCAAGUUUUCUUAACAAGACGUUCAUCGUGCAACUAAUUUUGGAACUUUCCCUUAUUUUGAUUUUCCAUAUUUGUUGUUCAUAUGUCAUCUGUUUUAUUGAUUUUGAUUGGUUAUGUAUUCUCCAGUGCCAUACAACAAACCGGACACUUGGUUUGUCAAUUAUCGACCACGGCUUAUUCUCGUCACAAGCUGUGACAUUUUUACCACCAUCGUUUUUCAACAAUUUUCACGAAUGCAAUUUCAAGCGGCAAACUUGUUUUAAUUGGAUAUCAGCAGUAAACACAAUAUGCAGUUACAUGUACACAAACAAGCAAAUUAGCCAAAUUUUAGCUUCACAAACAUUUCCUGGUUUACAGAGUGUAAAUUUCCAAACUCAACUUCAAUCGAAGCUGGCUUCCAGCUGGUGUCCAGUGGCUUUGCUUGUUGCGUAUGUCGUGAUGAAGGAAAAGUUCAUAGUUUAGUUGACAAUACUGAUUCACUCUUGUUUUCUCAUCCUUGUGCAACUUGCGAGAAGCCAGUCAGAAACAUCGCAAUAUUUGCUGUGGAGAUUGUGUACACUAGUAUUAGGAAGGUGAGAUUGGGUCAAGUAUGAUUAGAUUGGAAAGAUCAAUGGUACAAUGGUUAGAGCAUUAAGCCGAUAAUCAGGUAGUCUUGGGUUAAAAUUUUGUUUGUCUAUUGGCAAGCUGUGUAUUGACAACGCCAUAAUGUGCGGGGGUUAUUGGACAGUGAACCCACCAACUCCAUCUCUUUAAGAUAAAUAUGUAUCAAAAUACAGUUAUAAUAUUCAAUUGUGCAAAUUAUGUAGCCCAUGUAUGCUUUGUAUAUUGUGAAUCAUCAUGGCAUAUUGGAGUCAAAGAUGCUGUAAGAUAGCAUUCUGGGAUGAAUAGUUGCUAUUUGAUGAAGAUCUGGUGAUGAUAGCUCUGUCUUAAUCAUCAUGUUGAUAUACUCCCAACUUAGAUUAGUUAUGUAUGUACCUUCAUGUAGCAGAGGGCAAUCGUCUCUUUACUAAUAAUGAUGGUAAGAAUCAAUAACGGGUAAACUUAUCUUCCAGUCAUUUUGCAACAUAUUGUAGUGUAGGAUAUAGAGUACGGUAUUUGAGGAAUUGUGUGGUAUGAAUAUUGAUAUCGUGACUGUACUUUCAGAAAUAGUUGGUAUAAAUUUUUUUGAUGAAAUCUUGCCAUAUACGGUAUGGUAACAAUGUUCAUCCUUGGCAAUGCCAUUCAUAAAGUAGGCCCUAGUCAUUGGUGUGAAAUAACAUUCAUCCCAGGCUUAUUAUACGUGUAGACCCUAUCAUAAUUUGUUCCGAAACACUGCCAGUAGUCAGUGUUGCGGCUAGUCAUCAGUGUUUCCUACCUCCCCUAUUCAUGGCUGUAGUUGCUACCAUAUCGAGUCAAAUCAACAGCAUCAUAUCGUGCCUACAGUAAGACCAGCCUGUUUAAACUGUAAUAUUAUAUACAUGUAUGGAUAUACAGGUCUGUAGUUUAUUGUACUCUGUGCAACCUAAUUUAUUAUGGUAAUAAAUGAUUUACUAGAAAAA